AUGUCGAUCCUUUCUUAUGUCACCACGGGAUUGGCCUCGUACCUCACUCUGACCAUCUCGCUAUUUGCUCUGUCAGCAGCAAAAGUUCCCAAGACGGGAUUUAUCGCCAGAUGCUUGACCUCUUAUGUGUCUUUGCUUGUGUCCGCUACGUAUGGCGUCAUUGCAUCGAUAGUUCUUCGCCUGGUGGGAUACGGCCGAGUUUCGCAGUGGGCGACUGCUCGAAGCUUUAAAUGGAUUAUGCGGUUUGCCACGGGUGUGCGGUUUGAUAUUGUGGAGGGCGAGCAAUACUUAUCUACGCGGCCGGCUGUGUUCAUCGGAAACCACCAGACCGAACUCGACGUGCUCAUGCUCGGUACCAUAUUCCCGCCUUAUUGCAGUGUCACGGCGAAGAAGUCGCUAAAGUCAAUACCUUUUCUGGGCUGGUUUAUGGCCUUGUCUGGCACAGUCUUUAUUGAUCGGGCGAACCGCGAGACUGCCGUCAAGGCCUUUGACGGAGCUGCGAACGAAAUGCAAGUUCACAAGCAGAGUGUCUUUAUUUUCCCCGAGGGUACACGGAGCUACACGAAUAAGCCUGAGCUGCUGCCUUUUAAGAAGGGGGCCUUCCACUUGGCUGUUAAGGCGGGAGUCCCCGUUGUGCCCGUGGUUGUGGAGAACUACGCACAUGUUCUAAGUGUUCGUACCAUGCACUUCACUGCAGGCUCAAUCAAGAUCAAAGUUCUCCCUCCCAUCGACACCAAGAACCUUACCCCGGGCGAUGUGGACCGACUGACCAACGACACGCGUGAGGCCAUGUUGGAAACCCUGGCAAAUAUGUCGAAAGAGACUGAGCAGAAGCUCGAUGGUGCUGCUACGCGCGGAUCUUCCACUGCAGUCGAACUCUGA